CCCUGGAACUGGUUUUAGGUGCUAGAGAUGCUAGAAAAGCAGAGCGGGACCAUUAUCCAUUGGCGGCCCCUGCGCCUCCACGUCGCCGGCCGCUUCGCCGUUCCUCGUCGUCCUCAAAUCUCUCACAGAAUUGGAAUUUCUUCCACCAACCGGGCCAGCCCAGGUGCCUUUAAUACUCAAGGAGUACUUCCAAGGUCGAUCCCCAUCUCCAACCGCCCCAACUAACCAGCUUUUUAAACCCUGACGAGCUCUUCUCUCUCCACUCCAGCGCCGGCCAACACAACAACACCGGCGGGCUCGAUCGAUCGAUCCCCUUCCGCGCGUGCCAAGCAGAGAGGUAGGUCUUGAUGGAUCCGCCGCCGCCGCCGCAAUUGCGGGUCUUGGACACCGUCCAGCUGUUCGCCCCGCCGCCGCACCCCCGCGGCGAGUCAGAGUUGUCUCCCUCUCCCCUGGCGCCGCUCUCCGGCCUCGACGCCGACCCCAACGUGCUCGGCGUCACCUUCCGCAGCGUCCGCUUCUUCCCGCCCCACCCGGUCUCCCUCGACCCGCUCGACACCCUCCAGCGCGCCUUCGCUGCCGCGCUCGCCCUCUUCCCGCAGCUCGCGGGCUCCCUCCGCGUCCUCGACCGCGCUGCCGCCGUCGUCGUCUUCUCCGGCAGCAACGCCGUCCCCCUCGUCCUCGCCGCGUCCGACGGCCUCUCCGUGGCCGAAGCCGUCGACGCCGACGCCCCGGACUCGCCGCUGCUCGACCUCCUCGCCCCCGCAGACGUCGACGCCGGCGUGGCAGGGCCAGCGCUCGCGCUCCAGGCCACGCGGUUCGCCUGCGGCGGGGUCGCGCUGGGAAUGCGGGUGGCCCACGCGCUCUGCGACGGCGCUGGCGCCACCAGGUUCCUCGCCGCCGCCGCCCGGUUCGCGCGCGGGGAGCCGGUGGCGCCGCCGGUGUGGGCACGGCGGGAGCUCCUGGGCCCCCGGGACCCGCCGCGGGUGGUCGCGCCCUCAUUCGACACCGUCCUCGCGCCCGACUACGACGCCGUCGGACCGUACGGAGGCCAUGGACACGAGCAGCAGAAGCUACUGAAGGUGUGCUUCCACGUGAGCGACGUGCGCGUGGAGACGCUCAGGGCGCGGCUCUCCGCCGAGGCCGCCGGCGUCAGGCUCACCACCUUCGAGGUCCUCGCCGCCUUCAUCUGGCGCGCAAGGGUGAAGGCGAACGGGACGAGCCCCGAGGAGACCGUGAAGAUGGUGUACUCCAUGAACAUCAGCAAGCUCCUGGACCCGCCGCUGCCGGAGGGGUACUGGGGCAACGUGUGCGUGCCAGUGUACGUCUCCCUCACCUCCGGCGACCUCCUCGGCCGUUCCCUGGCGGAGACGGCGACUCUGGUCAGGAAGAGCAAGCGGGAGGUGGACGACGAGUACGUGCGCUCCUACGUCGACUUCCUCGAGCUCCGCCGCCGCGAGGGGGUCACGGCCACGGCUGGGCGCGGCGGGGUGAGCGCGUUCACGGACUGGCGGCGGCUGGGCCACGGGGAGGUGGACUUCGGGUGGGGCGGCCCGGACGCCGUGCUGCCGCUGUCGUGGCGGAUCCUCGGGAGCGAGGAGCCGUGCUUCUUGGUGCCGUACGGCAUCUCCGACGAGAGGCGGCGGCGUGGGUUCAAGGUGUUCGUCGCGGUGAGGGAGACUGCCGUAGCGUGCUUCAGAGAGGAGAUGGAAGAGAUACUGCUGUUGCAGCAGGAAGAGCGCGGUAAUUACAGUACAGCAGGGAAAUUAUGAACCUGGAUUGUUUGCAUUGAUGAUUUGCCUUAAGAACAGAUACAUGAUCAACUACUGCCUGAAUCCUGAUGAAGUGACAAACUUUGUAACAAUGUGGUUUCCUUAAUGAAACCGGGAGCGACAUUGACACAUUGACCGGCAGCCCAAUCUGGCCGCUUACCCUAUCCCACUUGCUGGAUCAUCCAUCGCCAUCUUCAGCAGCAGAAGAUACCAACACUGCAACACAGGAACCAGAGAUGCAAUACGGGCUCAAUAAACCAUACAAGAACCUUUCUGCGGAAAGAAUAAAUGGCAACAGAAAUUAGUUGUUGAGCGGCAUCUCUAGCAACAUUCGAAGUCCUAAACAUAGAAUGAUGCUUUUCCCAGUAUUUAUGUAAAGAAUUAUUUACAGAAUUAAUGUUUUUGACAAGAA